GAAUUUCCAUUACAUUAUGGCUGCUGAAAACCCAACGCACGAAGCUUCGGCUGGACUAGAAGAUCUCGCCGAGAAUGACAUUCAGACCAACUUUGAUGAGCGUGCUGAGACGUUUGACGAAAUGAACCUCAAGAAAGAGCUGCUGCGCGGUAUCUUUGCUUAUGGUUUCGAAACCCCUUCCAUCAUUCAGCAACGUGCUAUUCUCCCCGUGCUCCGUAAGCACGACGUCAUUGCCCAGGCUCAGUCUGGUACUGGUAAAACUGCCACCUUUUCCAUUUCAAUCUUGCAAAAUAUUGACGAGACUGUGCGUGAGUGCCAGGCUCUUGUUCUUGCUCCAACUCGUGAGCUUGCCCAACAGAUCCAAAAGGUUAUUUUGGCUCUUGGUGAUUUUCUCCAGAUUGAAUGCCACGCUUGUAUCGGUGGUACUAAUGUCCGUGAGGACAUGGACAAGCUCCAGGCUGGUCCCCACGUUGUUGUUGGUACUCCAGGUCGUGUCUUUGACAUGAUUAACCGUGGUGCUCUUCGCGCCAAUAAGAUCAAGAUGUUUGUUCUUGACGAGGCUGACGAGAUGUUGUCUCGUGGUUUCAAGGAGCAGAUCUACAACGUUUUCCAGCUUCUCUCCAGCGAGAUUCAGGUGGUUCUUUUGUCUGCCACCAUGCCUGCUGAUGUUCUUGAAGUAACCAAGAGCUUCAUGGUUGACCCUAAGCGUAUUCUUGUCAAGCGUGAUGAGCUUACCCUCGAAGGUAUCAAGCAAUUCUACAUUGCUGUCGAGAAAGAAGAAUGGAAAUUCGAAACCCUUUGUGAUUUGUAUGAAACUGUCACUGUCACUCAAGCCGUCAUUUUCUGCAACACUAAGAGGAAGGUUGACUGGCUCACUGAGCAUAUGCGUGCUCGUGACUUUACUGUCUCUGCCUUGCACGGUGAGAUGGAGCAAAAGGAGCGUCAGACUAUUAUGGGAGAAUUCCGAUCUGGUUCUUCCCGUAUUCUGAUUACAACCGAUCUGUUGGCUCGUGGUAUUGAUGUGCAACAAGUCUCACUUGUCAUCAACUAUGAUCUUCCUACCAACCGUGAAAACUACAUUCAUCGUAUUGGUCGUGGUGGUCGUUUUGGUCGUAAAGGUGUUGCCAUCAAUUUCAUGACCACCGAGGAUCAGGCUAUGCAGCGUGACAUUGAAACUUUCUACAACACUCAGGUCGAGGAAAUGCCAAAGUCUAUUGCUGGUCUUAUUUGAUUAUUUUUAUGAUAUAUCAUUUUGGUUGACUUUGCACUCUCAACCUUACAUCUUUCCUACUCGUUCACCCCCGCACUUUUGAAUUUUGCAAUUUCAUUAUGUUGUAUUGUCAAAUAAAAGAGGCUUUUCAUUCGCUGAU